AUGAGCGUGUAUACUACACCACAUUACACAUUUAACAACGGCGUUAAACAACCAGUUUUAGGUCUUGGAACUUGGCAGGUAAAACCUUAAAUAAAUAGUUAUUAAAAACAUUGGUGGGGGGUAAAUAAGUUUUCGUUAUAGGGUCUUUUCCUUUUAAAUAUUUUUUAAAAAAGUUUUAUGCAAUAAUGACUACUUUUGCUAUAAUUACGUUGAAACUAACUACAUAUGUAAAUUUUUAGGCUCAAAACAUAGAUGAGUUGAGAAAUGCGUUAAGAACAGCCAUUAAUAUUGGCUAUCGUUAUUUGGACACUGCUUAUGGCUAUGGCAACGAAGCUCAAAUUGGCCAAUGCUUAGAAGAACUUUUCAACGAAGGCGUGGUAAAACGUGAAGAAUUAUUUAUAGCGACUAAAGUAUGUUAAUAUCUAUGUAUCGUAAAGUUUAUAAUUUUGUGCUACAUUUAAAAUUUGUUUGUUGUGACUGCACAAGCAUUUUUUUCAUUAUCAAACACUUUUAGCUGCCGUUCCAUAAGCACAAGCCGGAAGAUACAAAAGCUACCAUCAAAGAACAGUUAAAAAAUUUGCGUUUAGAUUACAUAGAUUUGUACCUUAUCCACAACGCUUGUGGUGUGAAAACAUCACCGGAAGGAGGAUUUUUGAAAGAUGCUAACGGUCUAAACGUCCCCGAACUAACACCACACGUUGAAACGUGGAAGGUUCUCGAGAAGUUCUAUGCUGAAAACAAACUACGUGCUAUUGGUGUAUCUAACUUCCGUUGUGACCAACUUGAACAGCUCUACAAUGAAGCCAGCAUAAAACCUGCAAACUUGCAAAUAGAAUUGCACAUUUACCACAGACAGAGAAAACUACUGGACUUGUGUAAGAAGUUGAAUAUUGCGGUAACCUCAUAUGCGUCGCUUGGAUCACCAGCUAGAAAACAAGGCUUUGGACCUGGAGAUUACCCAGACGCCGACUGUUUAGGCAAUGAAAUAGUAAAGGAACUGGCUAAGAAGUACAAAAAAACUCCUGGUCAGGUAGGCUUUCUAUUAGAACAUAAAUGUUUUAAAGUAAAGUAAAAUUAAAAUUUUUUACGUUUUUUUACAUUUUUACAAUUAACUUCAGAUUUUAUUGCGUCAUUUGCUUCAACUGGGAGUGAGUGUAAUUCCAAAAAGCACCAAUCCUGAGAGAUUGAAGCAGAACUUCGACGUGUUUGACUUUGAAUUAGAACCAGAGGAUUUUGAAAAGUUUGAUGAAAUCAAAGAAGACGUUCGGCUUUUUUCAUUUUCAUUGUGAGUUCAGAAUUCGCAAGUUUAGAUUUAGUAGACUUAGGUUUUGUAGACUUAGCCUUAGUAGGCUUACGCUUAGUAGUCUUAGUAGGAUUAGCCCCAGUAGGCUUGGGCUUAAAGAUACAGUAAUAUUUUUAGUGCGAAAGGACAUCCAUGGUAUCCACCAUUUGAAGCUUAA